UGGUGCAGCAUGGCAUUUGGACCUGGUGUUCUCUGCCUGUUCCUGUGGACAAUAACAGGUUCCAGUUGUGAGCAGUGCAGAGAAGGAGCCACGUACUCAGGUGCAGUAAUAUCUCCCAACYUAGAAACCACUAAAAUCAUGAGAGUCCCUCACGCUUUGUCAGUGUCCGACUGCAUCGCAGCRUGUUGUGACCUCUCUGGUUGUGACUUGUCCUGGAUGUUUGAACGGCGCUGUUACAUCGUGAACUGCCAACACAAGGACAGCUGCAAACCUAAAAAAAUUGAAACUGUAAAGUCCUACCUUACCUUUGUGCUGAGGCCUUCUCAGAGGCCAGCCUCACUGCUAGGACUUGGGCAAGUGAUCCCGAGCAUGGUCCACUCUGUGGGACUCCAGAAUGAGCCAUCUGAGGAACUGAGUAGCCUGAAGAAGCUGUCUCUGCUUGGCAARGAUCCCAGCUUUGAGGAGAUACCUGAAUACAUUGAUGAUUAUAAAGAGUUGGAGCAGGACCCCUUUCAGAUGGGCAUCAAACAUGAGCAGAAGGACAGUAUGGAUUAUACAGACUGGGGCCUGAUGAUGGCAGGUGAAAAUGGCUUCAACACUUCCAUGGAUGAGGAUGGAGAUAACCAGGAAGAUUUUGCUGAAAAGAAAGGGGAGGCUGGGAAGGUGGAAAGCCUUCUGAAUAAAAACAGCUCUGAACUGACUUCCGUCAAUGAGCACCCCACAGAGAGGCUGUCAUCUCUCCUGGAGAUUACACCAUUCCCUGGGAAGACAUUUGAAAGGGAAGCAGCUGUUCCACUUCUUKCACAACCUGAGGAUGCUUUGCAAAAGGAGGCUGCUACACCUUCAUCUUCUUCAGAUAGAUUGGAUUUCUCCCCAGGCAUGCCAGAGAAAACCCAGACUCCCACAGUGGCCCCAGACAAUGCCACUGAAGAUGGGAUCGUGCUGCUUCCYACUAAUACUGCACCAUCUGAGCCCAUGCAGCAGUUCACACCCUCUGCUACUGCUGCUAAAGCAGUAAAAGAACUUGCUGUGUCUGCUGGAGAUAACAUACAAGUGAUGCUCCCCAAAAAUGAGGUUGAACUGAAUGCCUUUGCUGUCCCACCACCAUCUACAGAAACAGCCUACACCUAUGAGUGGAGCUUAAUCAGUCAUCCUGCUGACUAUAGCGGGGAAAUGGAGCACAGGCACAGCCAGACUUUGAAGCUCUCUCAUUUAUCAGUGGGACUUUAUGCCUUCAAAGUGACAGUUUCUGGUGACAAUGCCUUUGGUGAAGGUUUUGUAAAUGUCACAGUCAAACCAGCAGUCAGAAUUAACCAGCCGCCUAUUGCCGUUGCUUCGCCUAAAGUGCAAGAAGUUUCCUUGCCUACAACUUCUACCUUCAUCGAUGGCAGUCAAAGCAUAGAUGAUGUGAAGAUAGUGAGUUACCACUGGGAGGAAAUUAAAGGUCCCUUGCGAGAGCAGAAGGCAUCUGCUGAUACACCUGUCUUGCACUUGUCUAACCUUGUUCCUGGAAACUACACCUUCAGACUCACAGUGAUUGAUUCAGAUGGAGCUGCCAACUCUACCAUUGCAUCUCUGACUGUCAACAAGCCAGUGGAUUAUCCACCUAUUGCUAAUGCAGGACCUAAUCAGGCUGUCACCUURCCCCAGAACUUCAUCACACUGAAUGGAAACCAGAGCAGUGAUGACCAUGAAAUCGUCAGCUAUGAGUGGUCACUCAGUCCCAAAAGCAAAGGCAAAGUUGUAGCAAUGCAGGGAGUGCGGACGCCGUACCUCCAGCUCUCUGCAAUGCAGGAGGGGGAUUACACAUUCCAGCUGACUGUCACAGACUCGGCGAGACAGCGCUCCACAGCCGAGGUCACACUGAUCGUGCAGCCUGAAAAUAACAGUCCUCCAGUAGCAGUGGCUGGCCCUGACAAGGAAUUAACCUUCCCAGUAGAAAGUACUACACUAGAUGGAAGCAAAAGCCAAGAUGACCAAGGCAUUGUCUUCUAUCAUUGGGAAAAUAUCAGUGGGCCAAGCUCAGUACAGAUGGAAAAUGAUGACAAGGCAGUAGCAACUGUGACUGGCCUCCAGGUUGGUACCUAUCGCUUCAGGCUGACCGUGAAAGACCAGCAGGGCCUGAGCAGUGCAUCUGUGCUCUCCAUUACUGUGAAGGAAGAAAACAACARUCCACCCCGGGCACACGCUGGUGGGAAGCAUGUUCUGGUGCUUCCAAACAACUCUGUUACCUUGGAUGGCUCAAGGUCCGCUGAUGACCAGGGGAUUGUGUCAUAUUUGUGGAUUCGGGAUGGUCAAAGCCCRGCAGCUGGGGAUGUGAUCCAUGGCUCAGACCACGAGGCAGUACUGCAGCUAACUAAUCUGGUGGAAGGAACCUAUAUUUUCCACUUGAAAGUGACGGAUGCUAAAGGAGACUCAGAUGUUGAUUCAGCAACUGUUGAAGUGUGGCCUGAUCCCAAAAGAAGUGGUCUGGUGGAGCUGAUCCUGCAGGUUGGAGUGGGACAGCUGAGUGAGCAGCAGAAGGACACUCUGGUGAGACAGCUGGCUGUAUUACUGAAUGUUUUGGAUUCAGAUAUCAAAGUUCAGAAGAUACAAGCCUACUCAGAUAUAAGCACUGCAGUUGUGUUCUACGUGCAGAAYGGGCAUCCUUCCUCGGUGAUCAAGGCAUCGGAUGUCUCACGGGCUCUGCACAUGCAGCUGCUGAAACAGAAGGCUGACUUCCUGCUUUUUAAAGUCCUACGCGUUGACACAGCUGGCUGCCUUUUGAAAUGCUCUGGACAUGGGCACUGUGACCCCAUAACAAAGCGCUGCAUUUGCUACCAGCUGUGGAUGGAAAACUUGAUUCAUCGUUAUCUAAAUGAUGGAGAGAGUAAUUGUGAGUGGAGUAUACUCUAUGUGACUGUAUCUGUUUUUAUUUUGAUUGUGGUCAUGGUAGGGCUUGCCUGGUUCUGCAUCUGCUGCUGCAAAAGCAGGAAGAGGACAAAGAUAAGAAAGAAAACAAAAUAUACCAUCCUUGAUAACAUAGAUGAACAGGAGAGAAUGGAGCUACGGCCCAAAUAUGGUAUAAAACACAGAAGUACAGAACACAACUCCAGUCUGAUGGUCUCAGAGUCAGAGUUUGACAGUGAUCAGGACACUAUCUUCAGCAGAGAAAAGAUUGAAAGGGAGAAUUCUAGAACACUUAYAAAUGGAUCCAUCAGAAAUGGAGUUUCCUUCAACUACAGCUCCAAAGACAGAUAACUGAAUGAGGGUAAAAGCACAGAACACACUGGUGCAACACAUCUGAAACAUGCUGGCCCACCUCUGUUUUUCCAGAACCAAAAGCUUCCUAAAAUAUCAACUAAAUGGAGAUGAAAGGGUAAAUUUCUAGCACAGRUAGGAGAAUGCAGAAGGAGGAAGAAAGCAUUAGAUGGUCAGCUAACUCCUCUUGUCACCAUCAUAGGAACAAGAAAAAGCCCAUCUUCUCACAUGUUCUGUGCUGAAUGUUUGAACUUCAGAAGGCCUUUUCUUCUACAUCACUGCUACAAAAUUGGCAGGGCUGUUAUGCUACAAACUGUGGUAACUGACAAUGGCAUACAGAUUCAUAUCAUGUGCUCCUAAUGCUCUCCUUGAGAAAAUGGUGUGAUUUACAACAGCAAAAGCCGAUAUAGAUGGAGUCCCUUUUAACUAUAGAGAGCAAUACGUGGCCACAGUCUCCAUCUUAAUUUUCAUUUUAGGAUGGAAACACAAAGAGCAUUUUUAGUGCAUUGUAUUUAUCCAACUGUAAUUUGUGACUUCCUUUCCUGGGGUAAAAAUGCUAUUGUUCUCAGAGAAAAUUAACAACUAGCAGUUGUACUGAAUCAGCUGUAAUGUAAUAUUGUGUUGUAUCUGUGUCCUGCAGGAUGCAGUGUUUCCUGUAUUCAUAUAGAAGGUGUGGUGUCUGCAGGAAAAUCCAACCUUAGGUUGCUUCUGUAAUGAUCAAGUUGCUUUGGCUCUGCCGUGUCCCUCCAGGAAACCGUAGCAGGAAGGACUUGGUGCAAGCACCUUCAGGAGCAUUUUGAGCAUCCCAAAAYACCUUUUUGGAUCACUUUGAGGAGCUCUGGACCUUUUAAGACUGAACACUCAGCAGAGAUGGGUUUUUAUCUGUCAGCGUCAGUGCUCAGUUAAAGAAUGUGCCAGGCACUUGUGCAUUGAAAUGUUUAUGGCAAAUAACCCUGUGUGGAGCAGGAGGUUUAAUGUACCUUCAUUGUCAUGGGAAUCGGUACKGAGCAGUGUUUUAGCUUGAACAUUAGAUUAUUUGAUUUUUUCCUCUGUGGCUUUUCAGUGACUGGAUGUGUUGGCCUACAGAGAUCCCUUUUGAUGUUUGGCAAGGGUGGGUGUAUUGAAGUUCUGAUAUUCUUGUUCACAGUCUGGGUAAUUUCUUCACAGCCUGCUUGUUAGGCUUUGGAAUCAUACCCCCAAUACUGCUCUUGAAAGCUCAAAUUUAAGACCUGACUUUUAUACAUAAGCCUCACUUGUGGGGGCGUCUGUGUCAGUGGUACUGUUAAGCAAUGACAUCAAGCUUUCCUGGGGGUCCUCUACUGAUGUUCUGGAGUCUUGGGCUGAGAUGGAGGAAUGAUGUGUUUUGAUGGAGAAAACAUUCCUCUGGGAGCAUUUUUGAACAGUUUUUUUUUUUAAAUGUUUUGGUUUCAUUGUUUGGAGAUUUUUUAAUCUGGUAGUAGAGAACUCGUUAUCAGAGGACAGAGCAGUAAAAAAAUCAAAGGGAGCAGUUUAGAAGGGUCAGGGAGAGAACAUAGCCCAUCUCCAUCAUAGGAUUUGGGGGCUUUCUCCAUCCUUUCUUAGAAGUCUGACACAACAGAGUAGCAGGGUUGAACAUGGGGGCUUCUGUGCUUCUCUUGUUAAUAGACUUAGGCAACAUUCAGGAGUAUUGUCUAGGCUGGAAGGAAUCAGUGGCCAAAAGUUGCAGCAACAUACCAUGCUCAUCACUUGUAUCAUACCUUUGAUUCUCAAGUGCAGUCAGCAACAGUCCCUAAGGCUACUAAUGCAGCACUGAGCAGUAUUUACCGUGUCCAGCCUUGCAUUUUUCUGGGGGUCUUUUCCAGAGUGUGGCUGCAUCGUGGUGGGAGAGGCUGUAAAGAGCUAAAAAGGGCUAAUACAGGUGUUGUCUAUGUUUUUCCCAUACACACCAGCAAAGUGUAGUAUAAAUGGCAUGAUUUGCUUUCUUCAGAAACCAAGUUUCAACUCUGUGUAUGGGGGUUAGGCUAUUUCUUGUGUUUCUUGAAACAAAUCUACUUAUCACACUCUCCUUSUUCUUGAGAGUGUGUGUGUAUACGUGUAUAUAUAUAUUUUUAAAUAACUUGGUCAACAAAAGCAAGGUUCUGGUGUCUUUCAGUUCCUGCUCUAGAUGUGUUAACAGCAUAAAAGCAGUGUUCACUUUAAAGCAUUCCUGAAGAAGGUUAGGGCCCACUCAAAAUACUAAUUUAUUUUUUCCUUUGAAAUGCAAGUGUUGGGCUUAAUCCAUUCUGAACAGCUUCACAGAAUGUUCUAGCAGGAAUAAUUCUCUUGGAAACAUGCAUUUUUAAGCAAGCAAACAAAUUGUUUAAAUAAUGUCUAGUGUGUUUGUGCCGUGCUGCCAUUGAUGCUUCUGCUAAAUACUGUCUCCUGUGUGCCUUUAUCUAUAAGCUUACCUUCUAGGACAUGUCAGUGCAGUCAGCAUCUGUCAGUUUUGUGGAAUUAAUCACUUUCGUCUUUUGGGUUUAUGUUUUUUAAUGCCAGUGCUGAAGCCUAAGAUGUUGUUCUUUCAAGGUAUUAMAAUAUCUUUUUUUAAAAACAAACCAACCAACCAUACCAAAAUUAAGAACUGAUUCUCCAGUAAAACAACUCCAGGAAUCAUAAACCUGCAUUCCUUAAUGCUGCAGAAUUCCCAGGGUUAUUCCCCUGCCCACAGAAGCACAUUGGUGGGCUCAGAUCUUUGGAUCACUGGUAAGCUUGUGUGCUAUGAGAACGUAUGCAUGAUUUGGCUAAGUAUGUGUAAGUAAUUGGUAAGACCAAUUUCUCAUUGUAGAAGGCCCUAGCAAGUGGAAGUUGCUUGGUAAAUUCAGUUCUCUAGAUGGUACUUUGACAUYUUUGUCAAAUACAUCAGUAUGAUGUCAAUAUAUUUUUUCAGCUACUUCUGAUUCAGCCAGUUUGAUUAUGCCAGCUGCUUGGAAGAAGUUAUUCCUCUUACCUUAAGAGGAGGCUUGCUUUUAAUAUAUGGAACAUACACAGAAGAUGAAAGCAGUAAUUUCUGGCUCUGUGAAUUUGUGGCAUCACGUUUGUGUCACUUGGCCAAGCAUGUUUGUGUCAGGAAUUUAAGAGAGACUGUAGCAAGCCUUGUMUCUUGAUUCAGUAUAAUUGUUAUUUCUAGAAGCUUUGCUUUCUUGGAGAAUGUCAGGUCAUACCAUGAGUGAAAGGGUCAGAAAACUUGCCAUUAUGGUGCAAACACAGUGGCAGAAUUCUGAUUCUAACCCUUUGGUUUGGGUUAUUAUGGGUUUGAAGCAUGUUCUCAGUCCUCACAUUUACUUCUGCACACUCUUUUCUUUCACAAAAGAGUGAAAGAGUGCUGGCAGCUGAUUUGUAAAACAGGGAUAGGACUAUUCCCAAAAGACUCAUCUGCACUGAAAAGCAGAGGACACCAGAUAGAGUAUGUCCUGUGUGGCUCAGAGUCUUCUGAAAAUAAAGAAUAAUUCAGUUUGGCACUGCUAAGAUACUGCCUCUUGUUGAAGGCAGUGUGAUACUUGCAGUGCCUCAUUGCCUUGAAGUGUAAGCACUGGAUUGUCAUUUGCCUCUCGGUCUUACACGCACAAGCAGGGAUUGUCAAGCUAUGUAAAAGGACUGCCUUUGUUUGCAUUUUAAGGAAGGAGUCUAUUUUGGAAGAAAACCUCCUAAGCAUUWAACAGGUUCUGUAUAUACACUGCAUGAAACUGCCAUGGUUGUGAACAGGUAAUUGUCUUGUGGAUUUCAUUUUCCUAACCAAAAUGAUACUGCAGAAUGAAACAAA